GAGAUAGCAGCUGUCAUUGAGGCUCUUCGGGAUGGAUUUCUCGCCCCUGGACCUAAAACAGAGGACUUUGAGCACCAGGUUUCGUCGCUCUUUGGCAAGCAACAUGGGUUAAUGGUGAACUCGGGUUCAUCGGCAAAUUUGCUUGCGUUAAAUGCUUUUGGGUUCAAGCCAGGAGAUGAAGUUGUCACGGCCGCCUGUACCUUUGCAACUGUUAUUGCACCACUCCUACAACUCGGAGUUAAGCCUGUCUUUGUUGAUGUUGAUCCUUCUGCCUAUGUUCCCACAGUCGACGCAAUCAUGGAAGCCGUCACAUCCAAGACGGUAAUGAUUUGGCUGGCAAACCUAGUUGGUGCAAAGCCUGACUGGGAAGAGCUACGCUGCCGCACCAACUUGCCUCUGUGGGAAGAUUCCUGUGACACGAUAUCUGUUACUACGGUAACUGACGUUUCAAUGACCAGUUUCUAUGCUAGCCAUAUGAUUACUGCAGGCGGAGGCGGAGGCAUGAUAAUGGGUAACAACCGCGAAUUUAUCGAAAAGUGCCGCAUGUUCCGUGAUUGGGGACGAGUUGGCAACAACUCGGAGGCUCUAGAAGAUCGCUUCACUUCAAGUAUUGAUGGAAUCCCAUAUGAUGGAAAGUUUUUGUACGGAGUAGUUGGAUACAACAUGAAGUCAACCGAGAUGAAUGCCGCCUUUGGACUUGCUCAGCUGAAGAAGUUGCCGUCCUUCCGUGCCAUCCGUCGGGCCAACUUCGACCGCUUUAUGUUAAAGUUGAAAGCUUCAAAAACAUUUGUUCUCCCCAAAGAGAAAAAGGCAUUUGAUUGGCUGGCUUUCCCUCUUUUACACUCCAAACGGGGUGAGGUUUUGCAGUUUCUGGAGGGCAAUGAUAUUCAGACUCGCGUAUUGUUUGCCGGAAAUAUCACUCGGCACCCAGCGUAUCGUCAUCUCUUUGUCUCGGAGAGUGCAUUUCCCAAUUCUGAUCGUAUCAUGGCAGAGGGUUUUUUGCUUGGUUGUCACCAUGGAACCACCUUUGAGCAGAUCGAUCGUGCCUGCGAGCUCCUCUUGCAGUUUGAGAAGAAUCUGGAAGUUAUCUAG